UGUAGGAAGAAUGACGAAGAGGACACGGCGGUGGUUGUGGAAAAGGACCACUUUAUGGAUGAACUCUUCCAUCAGGUGGAGGAGAUCAGAAACAGCACAGCUAAGAUCACGCAGUACGUUGAGGAUGUGAAGAAGAACCAUAGCAUCAUUCUGUCUGCACCCAACCCGGAAGGAAAAAUCAAAGAAGAGCUUGAAGACCUGAACAAAGAAAUCAAGAAAACUGCUAACAAAAUUCGGGCCAAGUUAAAGUCCAUCGAGCAAAGCUUUGAUCAGGAUGAGAGCGGGAGCCGGACCUCCGUGGACCUUCGCAUCCGCAGAACCCAGCAUUCUGUGCUGUCCCGGAAGUUUGUGGAGGUCAUGACGGAGUACAAUGAAGCCCAGACUCUGUUUCGGGAGCGGAGCAAAGGACGCAUCCAGCGCCAGCUUGAGAUCACCGGAAGGACCACCACGGACGCAGAGCUGGAGGAGAUGCUGGAGAGCGGGAAGCCGUCCAUCUUCACUUCGGACAUCAUCUCAGACUCACACAUCACCAGACAAGCGCUCAAUGAGAUCGAGGCUCGCCACAAGGACAUCAUGAAGCUGGAGACCAGCAUCCGUGAGCUGCAUGAGAUGUUUGUGGACAUGGCCAUGUUCGUGGAGACGCAGGGUGAAAUGAUCAAUAACAUAGAGAAGAACGUCAUAAACGCCACAGACUAUGUGGAGCACGCCAAGGAGGAGACGAAGAAGGCCAUCCGGUACCAGAGCAAAGCCAGGAGGAAAAUGAUGUUCAUUAUUAUUUGUGUAAUUAUUUUGCUUGUGAUCCUUGGAGUAAUCCUCACAGCAACGUUGUCAUAGCAACCACAUCCCAGAGCUCAUCAUGGAGUCGAAGACCACGCCCUUCUCAGGCCACGCCCCUGAGCACCUUCCGGGUCCUGCGCCAACUUCGGAUGGAAACCAGGAGCUAGCUUCCAGGCUGGGGGAGCCUGGUGGGUGUCUGGGGUGUGGACUUGGGCCCCAUGUGCCGAAUCCGCGAUGGCCUGAGCCCGGGAGCCCCGCAGAGGCCCGCAGCUGCCUGGGCAUCAGGAAGCACUGACGAUUUCAGUUGGUGAAGCUGCCCAGUGUUAAAACCUGCAGGUGUAAUAGGGUGCGGCUGUGAGGCUGUGAGACCCUGCGCGGUCGAGCCGCAGCUGACGCCUGCUAAUCAAGAGACUUGUAUCACGUGUCAUCUGUGUGUGUCUGGCUUGCGGAAAUAAUUUUUAUUCCAACACAGCUGUUUUGUACAAUAUCUGUAAUUUUAAAUGUGUAUAAAUUAAUUGUGUAAUGUACUGACAUAUUCGCUCCAUUCGGUAUGGGAAGAGCUGGCUCGUGCAGGAGCGAGGCUGCGCCCCCGUGUGGGCUUCUCCAGAGCUGGCUGCUCACAGUUCACCGCCUGGGGGCCUCGGGGCUCUGCGCCCUCCCCCUGCCUGCUGUGGAUGCUGACCGAACAAGGCCCGCCUGCUCCGGUGAAGUCCUCAUUUCGUCCUUUUUCCUUACCCCUGAUAAUAAAUAACUAGUUACUGCGCCGCAAAGAUGAUGGUUUCUUCCUCGCUCAUUAAAAAUAAGGGUUGUGGCUGGGCGUGGCGGC